AUGAGGGUGCCGACAGCUCCGACACCCCCAGGACAGGUCCCCAGGACACCCCCAGCCCCAUCCAGGAGCUGUCUGCAGGGUGGGGAGUUCCUGGCCCAGGAGAACACCCGAGUGGGGCUGCUCUUCGCCUCCAAGGCUCUGGUCCAGCUGCUGCUCAACCCCUGGGUGGGUCUGCUGACCAACAGGAUCGGAUACCACAUCCCCAUGUUCCUGGGCUUCACCAUCAUGUUCCUGUCCACAAUCAUGUUUGCUUUCUCGGGCACCUACACCCUGCUCUUCAUCGCCAGAGCCCUCCAAGGCGUCGGCUCCUCCUUCUCAUCGGUGGCAGGGCUGGGGCUGCUGGCCAGCGUGUACCCGGAGGACUCGGCGAGGGGCAGUGCCAUGGGGAUCGCCCUGGGGGGCCUGGCCUUGGGAGUGCUGAUCGGGGCACCCUUCGGGAGCAUCAUGUACGAAUUCGUGGGGAAAUCAUCGCCCUUCCUGGUCCUGGCCUUCCUUGCCCUCUUGGAUGGAGCUCUGCAGCUGUGCAUCCUGCAGCCCUCCCGGAUCUCCCCGGAGAGCACCAAAGCCACCCCGGUGUCCACCCUGCUGCGAGACCCCUACAUCCUGGUGGCUGCAGGAGCCCUGUGUUUCUCCAAUAUGGCUGUGGCCAUGCUGGAACCCACGCUGCCCAUCUGGAUGCUGCAGACCAUGUGCUCCCCGCAGUGGCAGCUCGGGAUGGCGUUCCUGCCUGCCAGCGUCUCAUAUCUCAUCGGCACCAACCUCUUUGGGAUUCUGGCUAACAGGAUGGGCAGGUGGCUGUGCUCCAUGAUUGGAAUGGCUGUGGUGGGAAUCAGCCUCCUCUGUGUCCCCAUGGCCACCAACAUUUACGGGCUGAUCGGCCCCAACGCUGGCCUGGGCUUUGCCAUAGGAAUGGUGGACUCCUCCAUGAUGCCCAUCAUGGGCUACCUGGUGGACCUGCGCCACACCUCAGCCUACGGCACCGUCUACGCCAUCGCCGACGUGGCCUUCUGCAUGGGCUUUGCCGUCGGUCCCUCCACGGGCGGGGCGAUUGUGCGAGCCCUGGGCUUCCCCUGGCUGAUGGUCAUCGUUGGGGUGCUGAACAUGGCCUACGCCCCGCUCUGCUGGCUCCUGCGCAGCCCCCCGGCCACCGAGGAGAAGAUGGCCAUCCUGAGGCAGGAGUGCCCCAUGCAGCCCCAAAGCUGCUCCCCCAAGGAAGCCCAGCGGGAAUUCCCACCGGCGGAGGCAGAAAACGUGGAAUAACCAGGGCAAGGAAUGUAUUCCCUGCUUUGGAGUCAAUAUUCUGCUUACAGAGCAUGGAUGUGUGAGCAGACACGGCCAAUUUAGCCCUGUCAGGCUGAAUUUCCAACCUCUGCUCCAGCCAUCCAUUUAGUGAAGCCGCUGUGGGACGUAACGGUGGAAUCAGGUGGCAGUGAAGAUGUCACUGCAAUGUCACCGCUCCUCUGAGGACACUAAAACCCCUUCAUUUGUGUCUUGCUAUAGUCUGAUGUAUUGUGCUAAGUCUGUGCUACUCGUGCGUCCUUCCCAACACACAUUAAAUUAAUUUAUUCGUUUGAA